AUGGGUUUAGGCGGCGAAGGAGGAGAGCAGAGGAGAGGAGGCGGAGAAAUGAUGGCGAUGGCGAGCUUGUUCAACGAUCAGCAGAACCCAAUUCAGCAGCUGCAGGUUAAAUUCAAGGAAGUGGAAACUGGUUUCAAGGCGUGGUUGUCGAAGCAGUCGCUGCCGGUGGAAGCCGCCGUCGUCUCAACCAUGAGCGGCGUACAGGGAGCUUUCAUCGGAGGUCUUAUGGGAACACUGUCACCUGAAAUGCCUCAGACCGGAGUUGACCCUCAAGCCAUGGCCUCUAUGAAGCAAGCUCAGGCGCUUGUGGGUGGGCCAUGGGUCCAAGCUCGGAAUUUUGCUGCCAUUACUGGUGUAAAUGCUGGAAUUGCUUGCGUUAUGAAAAGGAUUAGAGGCAAAGAUGAUCUUGAGUCUGCCGUGGUCGCAGCAUUAGGAUCAGGAUUCGCGUACUCUUUGGUGAGCCAAGGUUUUCAAGGACAGCCUCUGAAUGCAAUCACCACUGCCGCUGGUUUUGCUGUUUUCCAAGGAAUAUUUUUUAAAUUGGGAGAAAGAUUCUCUAAACCGAGUCCUGAAGACCCGUUUUACACGCGAUCAAGGACCAUGCUGUUGAAGCUUGGUCUACAAAAAUACGAGAAGAACUUCAAGAAAGGACUUUUGACAGAUCCCACAUUGCCAUUGCUUACCGACAGCGCGCUAAGAGAUGUGAGCAUCCCACCAGGGCCAAGACUUCUGAUACUAGAUCAUAUCCAGAGGGACCCUGAGAUAAAGGGCAAACGAGGAAAGUAG